CCUCCCAAACCAGCCCCACCCUGCACUUAAACUCUUCAUGCUGCCAACAUGUGGAGCUCCCUGGGAUCCACCUCAGUGUUUUUGCUGCUGGUUGUGACCACCGUGGAUGCAGGAGUGAAGGUGACCCCAGAUGUGAAGUACACAGCAGCCCCUGCCAGACCCAAGUUACCCACCCCAAGCCCUGUGGCCCAAGGGGCCACCACAUUCUUCCCUUUUGAAAACUACACACUUGACACAGCUGAUUUCUUCUUCAACUGCUGUGACUGCUGCCCAGCUGCUGUGGGGCCCCGGGGGGAGCCAGGACCCCCAGGUGCCAAAGGGGAAAAGGGAGAUGCUGGUCUGCAAGGUCUGCCAGGAAAACCAGGUCCUCCAGGUCCAAAAGGGUCUAAGGGAGAAAGAGGAGGAAAAGGGGAACCAGGAGACCAAGGAGCAAACGGAACCCCCGGCUAUCCUGGCAAACCUGGGCUGCAAGGUGAAGCUGGAGUAAAAGGCAGUAAGGGCAACUACGGCUUCCCUGGACUGAAGGGACAAAAGGGCUCCAAAGGGGACACUUGUGAGAAUGGGACCAAAGGAGACAAAGGAGACAGGGGAGAUGCUGGAGCCCCGGGAGUGGAUGGAGAACAGGGUGACAAAGGGGAAAAGGGAGACACAGGGGAGAAGGGGUACUGCGGGGAGCCUGGGGGGAGAGGGGCGAAGGGGGAGAGAGGAGAAGGGGGGAAAAAGGGGGAGAAAGGCAGCAAAGGGGAGAUGGGAGCUGAGGGUAUGCAGGGCUUGGAUGGAAAACAGGGAGAAAAGGGUGAGCAAGGAAGCAAAGGUGAAAAAGGGGACUUGGGACCUGCUGGAGUGAUGGGACCUUCUGGCCCCAAAGGGGUGGCUGGCAGCAAGGGAGCCCGAGGAGCCCCGGGGAAGAAAGGUUCCCGUGGGGCGAAGGGGACCCGAGGGGACACCACAAAGAUCCCGAGAUCGGCGUUCAGUGCUGGUUUGUCCAAGCCCUUUCCUUCCCCCAACGUUCCCAUUCGGUUUGACAAGAUCCUGUACAAUGACCAAGAGGAUUACAACCCUUCCACUGGGAAAUUCAACUGCAGCGUGCCCGGGGCGUACGUCUUCGCCUACCACCUGACGGUCAGGGGGCGACCGGCCCGGGUCAGCUUGGUUGCCCACAGCAGGAAGGUGGCCAAAACCCGUGAGACACUCCAUGGCCAAGAGAUUGACCAAGCCUCCUUCCUGACCAUCCUGAAGCUGAGUGUUGGUGACCAAGUGUGGCUGGAGGUCUCAAGGGACUGGAACGGGGUCUACGCCAGCGCCGAGGACGACAGCGUCUUCACGGGGUUUCUUCUGUAUCCAGAUGGUUUUGAGAUCCUGCUGUAG